AUGCUUCAGCUCGAGCUGGGCCUGCGAGCCGAAGUGUGGCAGGAUCAGCUGCCGGCUGUACCGCGCCAGCUCCUGCCGUUGCAUGUGGAGAAGCUGCGUGACGGUCUUUGUCGCCACGUGCACGUGCACGUGGGACAGCCCAUGGAUCCACGCGUGGGGAUCUCGCCUCGGCCUUGGCUCUACGCUACCGUCUCGACGACGGUCACCUACAGCAUGCUCCGUGGCGAAGAUGUUGGUGUGCUAGUGCACCAGGCGCUUACGGGGCACCAUGCUGUUCUUUUUGCCAAGUUUUUUAUUCUUAUUCAGUUCGUCUACCAAGUGUUCGCCAUAUUCGUGUUUAACGGCAAGAGCGACGACCAGGCACGCAAACGCUCGUGGAUUAUCACGACGUUCAGUGCAUUCUGCUCGUCGAUCGUCGCUAUUCCAUUUGCCUUUGACUUGAUCUGGUGCCGCUUGGACUGGACUAAGGUUACGCCGCACAGCGAGACCGUGGCCGAUCCGCUGGCCGUGUUUUUCCUCGCGUAUCUGGUAUCAGACCUAGUCACAGGCUUUUUGUGCUACCGGAACCAUGUCAACAUGUCUAGCGGAUGGGUCCAUCAUACCCUGUAUGCUCUAUUCACCAUCUUUUGGCUGCGCCGCGGCUGGAGCCACGGCUUCGCGACCGCGUUGCUGAUGGAGCUGCCGACGUGGAUCAUGGGCAUCGGUAAUCUGCAUCCACGGCUGCGCUCCUACUGGGCAUUUACGAUUUCGUUUUUGGCAACCCGUAUUGUAUUCCAUUCCAUGCUCAUAUAUUCACUCAUUGUCCCGAGCGGUCGCUACGUGAACAAAACGGUACCGAGCCUGGAGCCCUUGGUGUUCUGUGCGCUCGCGCUGCCCAUGCACUUGAUCUGGGCCUACAAAUCGGUACGAGGCCUGCGGCGCCGUAUGAAGAAACUCAGAGCCGAGGCACGCGCGCGUGAAGAGGCCCAGCGUGUCGCUAUCAGCGAAGCGACGCGCCUACUCGACAGUGCUGACGAGCUCGAGCAAGGCGAGGACGUGACCCACGCAGGUGCGCCCCGCUCGCGCGUCACAAUGCCCACUACCGAUGCCGCUGCGCGUGCCCGCGAUAUGGUGUCGCAUGCGGUGCGUCUGCUGUGGUACAGUGCGCCUCAGGCUUGGCGCCGGGCGUACCAGGAGGAGCUCGAGUUCAACAAGUUGCAGGGCAUCGACCCUGCAUCGCUCCGCCACAGCACUCUUGUGCGUCGCGCACUUGCACGGCAACUGCUCCAACGCGACAAACGCGGGCACAAUGUGCCGCUGGUCGGCGAAGACGACGAAGACGAUCUGGAGGACUGGAUGUCGAUUACCUCGCUCAACAGCUUGGACCAGCCCCGCGCCCCUGUUGGCCGCAAAGUGAAUCUCGGGCGCGGUAUCAACAUUCAUGUACCACGCGAAUUGGACCCCAUCUUGAACGGCCAAAAGUACGUGGUGAGCGAGUACCCCGUGGACCGUGAGGCCAGCGGCACACGACGCCAGCGCCUGGUAGGACAGAUGCGACGACGUUUCGAAGUGGCCCGCCGCGAUAUGGUCGUCUUUUGA